AUUUUUUGACCACUCAGGGAUUUACAUCAUCAAUCUUGGAAAGACGUGGGAGAAGCUGCAGAUGGCUGCCCGAGUCAUUGUUGGAAUUGAGAAUCCCCAGGACAUCAUUGUCCAAUCUGCUAGGCCUUAUGGUCAGAGAGCUGUUCUGAAAUUUGCUCAGUACACUGGUGCUAAUGCUAUCGCUGGGCGUCACACGCCUGGAACCUUCACUAAUCAGCUCCAGACAACUUUCAGCGAGCCAAGGCUCCUGAUUCUAACAGACCCAAGAACUGACCACCAGCCUAUUAAAGAAGCUGCUUUGUACAAUAUCCCCACAAUUGCUUUCUGUGAUACUGACUCGCCUAUGCGAUAUGUGGAUAUUGGAAUUCCUGCCAAUAACAAGGGAAAACACAGUAUUGGCUGCCUGUUCUGGCUUCUGGCCAGAAUGGUGCUGCAGAUGCGUGGUGUCAUUGCUCCCGGUCACAAAUGGGAUAUUAUGGUGGAUCUGUUUUUCUAUAGGGAGCCUGAGGAGGCCAAGGAAGAGGAACAGGAGGAAGCGCCAGCUCUUGAUUAUGCUGAUUACGGUGCUGCUGCUAUUGGAGGCGACUGGUCUACUGCUCAAAUCCCAGAGGCUCAAUGGGCUCCCGACUUGGCUGGUGCAGCUGCACCAGUUGCCGGUGGUUGGGCAGCUGCUGAAACAGGUGCCGAUGGAUGGGAUGCAGCUGUGGCACCACCCGCCGAAGCUGCAACAACUGCAGUUCCACCAGCAGCUGCUCCGGUGGACAUUGCUCCGACCGGCUGGGAAUGAAACCUUCUUGUUAGUGAGCCGAAUAAGUUUUGAGGUUGCGGUGCGCGUAAGAGAUUCCAGAAAUCCUACCAUUAAUCUGUUCGCGUUUUAUAUGGUUAUAAUCGAAUUUUGGAUGCUAGAUGUUUUUAGUUUUUCACUUUGGAAGUAUUCUAGUCCUUUUGUUUUUUAUAAUCUGUUCUUACGCACUGGUUUUUGCUUAACAUUAUUAAUUAUAUUGAAUAUGCUCACGAUGUUUCUCAA